UUUCCUACAGGCAACUUAAAACCACGCUCCGCCACUCGCCGCCAUGCAAGCCACGUUUUUAACCUCACGAACCACUGUAGUCCCCACCACAAAGCCGCCACUCUCCGGCCCUACAAACCGCCGCCACCGAUGUAUUCACAUAACCGCGCAGUCCCAAGCAACCGUGACAGCAGACUCUUCAUCUCCUCCAACCUUAAAGCUCAACAAACACAGCUCAAGAAUAACGGAGCCCAAGUCACAGGGAGGGUCCCAGGCCAUGCUGUACGGCGUCGGAUUGUCGGAAGACGACUUGUCGAAACCCCAAGUGGGGAUAUCGUCGGUGUGGUACGAGGGCAACCCGUGCAACGUGCAUCUGUUGAAGCUGUCGGAGGCGGUGAAACGGGGCGUCGAAGAGAUUGGGAUGGUUGGGUUUAGAUUCAACACGAUCGGGGUUAGCGAUGCGAUCUCGAUGGGGACGAGAGGGAUGUGCUACAGCUUGCAGUCGAGGGAUUUGAUCGCUGAUAGCGUUGAAACUGUGAUGAGUGCUCAGUGGUAUGAUGGGAAUAUCUCUAUUCCUGGUUGUGAUAAAAAUAUGCCAGGUACAAUUAUUGCAAUGGGGAGGCUCAAUCGGCCAAGUAUUAUGGUUUAUGGUGGAACCAUCAAGCCCGGCCAUUUUCAAGGCAAUUCAUACGAUAUAAUAUCUGCCUUCCAGUGUUAUGGAGAAUAUGUUAGUGGGAAAAUAAGCGACGAGCAGAGAAAGGAUGUUAUCCGUAACUCAUGCCCUGGAGCUGGAGCCUGUGGGGGAAUGUAUACUGCAAAUACCAUGGCGUCUGCAAUUGAAGCUAUGGGGAUGUCUCUUCCUUACAGCUCUUCAAUACCUGCUGAAGACCCGUUGAAAUUGGAUGAAUGCCGUUUGGCAGGAAAGUAUCUGCUAGAAUUGUUGAAAAUGGAUUUAAAACCCCGAGACAUCAUCACCCUCAAAUCUUUACGUAACGCAAUGGUUGUUGUCAUGGCUCUAGGCGGAUCAACCAAUGCCGUGUUACAUUUAAUUGCCAUAGCAAGGUCUGUAGGUCUAGAAUUGACUCUUGAUGAUUUCCAGAAGGUUAGUGACGAGGUUCCGUUUCUGGCUGAUCUGAAACCCAGUGGUAAAUAUGUCAUGGAGGAUGUUCACAAGAUUGGAGGCACUCCUGCUGUGAUUCGUUAUCUUUUGGAGUUCGGGUAUCUUGACGGGGAUUGCAUGACUGUGACUGGGAAGACUAUGGCGGAAAAUGCACAAAGCUACCCUCGUUUACCUGAUGGACAGGAAAUCAUAAAACCAGUGUCGAAUCCCAUAAAGAAAACAGGGCACAUCCAAAUAUUAAGAGGGAAUCUUGCACCCGAGGGUUCUGUAGCAAAAAUUACCGGAAAAGAAGGACUCUAUUUCUCUGGUCCUGCAUUUGUCUUUGAAGGAGAGGAAGCUAUGCUAGUAGCUAUCUCUGAAAAUCCUUCGAGCUUUAAGGGAAAAGUAGUAGUCAUUAGAGGGGAGGGGCCGAAGGGAGGACCAGGCAUGCCUGAAAUGUUGACACCAACAAGUGCAAUCAUGGGAGCAGGUCUUGGGAAGGAUGUUGCUUUGCUCACUGAUGGUAGGUUCUCUGGAGGUUCACACGGAUUCGUUGUAGGCCACAUAUGCCCUGAAGCACAGGAGGGUGGCCCCAUCAGUCUUGUUCAAAACGAGGACCUCAUCAGCAUCGACGUUCAGAAGAGGGCCAUAAACGUCGAGCUGACAGAUGCCGAACUGAACGAGCGGAGAAAGAAGUGGAAUCCGCCUCCUUACAAGGCUGACAGGGGAGUUUUGCAUAAGUACAUCAAGAGCGUGCAACCGGCUUCAAAGGGGUGUGUAACGGAUGAAUAAAGGCGGUAAUGGCCAGCGAACGGAGUAAAAACCGAGUGAAACAGACCAUUCAGAUCUUUCAUUUCCUUUUUGUAGUCUUCUUUCUCAUUCGGGGCUUGCAAUGGCUUUCGGACCAGACCAGGGGUUUAAUAAUAGUGCGCGCGUAGAUAUAUAUUGUGGGU